GGAGGGAGGGUGAGCUGUCUGCCUGAGGUGUCUGCAGGUAGGUUCAUCCCUCUCAGUCCAUGCAAAGCCCUUGGAGCUGCAGCCCAUGGUGGCCAGGGUUCAAUUCUGCUCCUCCCUGGAUGAAUGCCAGUAAGAAAUCCUCACUUCUCCCUUGUGUGCAGUGUGCCCUAAGCCUGCUGAGGAACUAAUGCCACUUCUGUUCUCUUCUUUCUUUUCCAGCUGCAAUCAGUGCUGCUGCACACCGAUAGGCCAGUGUACUCCUUUAGCUAAUGCAGCACAACCCUUGAAGGCAAGCAGCAGUGGAGAACAAAAAGGCAUGCUGUGCUCGGCAUAGGACUGAGAGUGCAGAGAGAAAGGGGAAUGCUCAAAAUCUUCACCACUGCCGUCCUCACACCAAGAUACAGCUGCUGCUGUUAAAAUAUUGCUCUUCUUGUGCUCUUCUCAGACAAAGCACAAAUGAGAAGGGAGAAUCAAACCGUUCCACCAGGGUUUGCUUUUAUUGGGUUUUCCUACUUUCCUAAACUCCAGGCUGUGCUGUUUGUGCUGUUUCUCCUCAUGCACGUGGUGACCCUAGUUGGAAAUAUUAUGAUAAUGUUUGUUAUCAGGCUGAAUCAGCAGCUGCACAUGCCCAUGUAUUUUUUCCUAAGUGCUCUGUCCUUCUCAGAAAUCUGUUAUACCUUCUCCAUCAUCCCAAAGAUGCUGUCCGGAUUAGUGCUGGGAACUAGAACCAUUUCUUUCCUGGGCUGCGCUGCACAGAUGCAUUUCUCCUUCAUGUUUGGAUUCACGCACUCUUUCCUCCUGACGGUGAUGGGAUAUGACCGGUACGUGGCGAUCUGUCAGCCCUUGCAUUACAGCACCGUGAUGACCUCCCGAGCCUGCACCCAGCUGGUGGCUGCCUCAUGGGCAGGGGGUGGUCUCCUGGGGCUGCUGGUGACCAGCGCUGUGUUCCAGUUACCGUUCUGCCAGUCCCACCGCAUUGACCACUUCUUCUGCCAUGUGCCCCCCAUACUCCAGCUGGCUUGUGCUGGUGGCGAGGUGGUUGGCACUGUAGUUGGCAUCUUUUGCAUUACUGCCUUGUUGGGAUGCUUUCUGUUCAUCCUUCUCUCCUACGCCUUUAUCCUUGGCUGGAUCCUGCAGAUGCCAUCAGCCAAGGGGAGGCACAAAGCUUUCUCCGCCUGUGCCUCCCACAUCACCGUAGUGGUGGUGCACUAUGGCUGUGCCUCUGUCAUCUAUUUGAAACACCAGUCACCCCGUGCUGCAGGAGCUAGUGUUCUGAUUGAUGUGUCUUACACUGUCUUCACCCCCUUCCUGAGCCCCAUCAUUUUUAGUCUGCGAAACAAAGAUAUAAAAAAUGCCUUUUGGAAAUCUCUGAAGAAAAACUUCAUCAUCAGGAAUGCAAAUAUUUGUCCAGGAUCUAGUUUCAGUUACAGGAGUGAUUAUUGCUAAUUUUUAUUUAUUUAUUUUUCCUUUGGUAGUUCCUUGCUGCUUUCGAAAGAAUAGCCAUACUUUUUUUCCAGGCAAAUGAUUCAUUCCUGCAGACGUGACACCUUUUGCACUCACUGGGCAUCACAGGCUGCACUGCAAGGCUUGGCUGGAGCACCUAGGUGUAACUUUUAAUGCUGAAAAUUCAGCGUCAUGCAGAAGCAAGAGUGGACAAAGCUCUCAACACUCCCAGAGGAGACACGAGCCACUUCUUGAGGAGCAGCAGGUGACUGUCUGAGACCUGGUGCAGUAGGCUCUUGUCCCCACCAUAGGCACUCUGACUGAUCCUCUAAGUAUGACUUUGUCUCUUCUGGUGCUGACUGUGAAGCUGGCCUGAGAAGGCUUUGGACUGAUUCCCUUUUGUCUUGUUCAGCUUUUGACAAUUUGCAAACUCAAAAGUGCUCGCUUGAAGACAAACACGUUUUACUAUUCUGCUGUUUUGAAAAACUCACUUCUCUAAGGAAUAUAGAUGUGGAUUUAAAAAGGUAGUUUUAGAGUAUAAGGAUUUUGUUUGAGAUAAAAAUAUUUAUUUAUUUAUUUAUUUCUCCAGGUAUUUGCACUCCUGUUUAUGCAAAAACAAUCAAGCAUUUAAACAGUUUUCCUACAUCUGGAUAGGUGCAAAAUCAUAAAAUACCUCGUUUUUUCUGAACACUGAUUUUCAGGCAUAAUUUCUCCCCCCAUGACAUACGUGUAAUUUCAGCAGGACUAUGUUCUCUCCCAGGGCUACAGACACAAGACAGGGAGAUCUCUGAAUCCACUUGCUUUAAUUAAUAGCUUUGUAAUAAGUAAUUAACCUACCAGUGCUCUUCUGUACUCAGAGUGAAAAAUGAAGGAAGUGUUACUCAGUAGUAGCACAUUUGUGCAUGAUUGUUACUGCAAGUGAGAGGACACCACUUGAAUGUGCUUUCAACAGAACUAAGGAAAAAAAAAAAAAAAAAAAAAAACAAACAAAUACUGGGUAAAAGUCAUUGUACUUUGCACAGACCAGUAGAUAUAUUUGUUGGCCCAGCCAUAGCUUGAGGAACAGGCAGACUUCCAGGGUCUAACAUCCAGGAUAUGAAACACUACACUGAUUUCAUAGGGACCAAGACAAUGAUGUACAAAAAGAAAUGCACAGAAAGAUGUCAGGAAGG